UUGGGUCCUUUCCGGAGGAGUCGGCUGCAGGCGGGGAGGGAAUUGCUGGGAGGCUGAGAGCUGCUCGGCCGCGAGUCCUGUGGGGUCGCGAGCAUGUGGUUUUGGCCAAAUUGGGCGAGGGCACAAAAUAACCACUUACCCCUUCUCACCGAGGAAGAACGGGAGAAAGGGUAUGGCACAGUCAAAAGGCUGGGUGAGAAGAUACUUCAAGGCUUUCUGUAAAGGCUUUUUUGUAGCGGUGCCCGUGGCCGUGACUUUCCUGGAUCGGGUGGCCUGUGUGGCCAGAGUGGAGGGAGCGUCAAUGCAGCCUUCUUUGAAUCCUGGAGGGAGCCAAUCAUCUGAUGUAGUGCUUUUGAACCACUGGAAAGUGAGGAAUUUUGAAGUACAACGUGGUGACAUUGUGUCAUUGGUGUCCCCUAAAAACCCAGAACAGAAGAUCAUUAAAAGAGUGAUUGCUCUUGAAGGAGAUAUUGUCAAAACUAUGGGACACAAAAACCGGUAUGUCAAAGUUCCCCGGGGUCACAUCUGGGUUGAAGGUGAUCAUCAUGGACACAGUUUUGACAGUAAUUCUUUUGGGCCGGUUUCCCUAGGACUUCUGCAUGCCCAUGCUACACAUAUCUUGUGGCCUCCAGAGCGCUGGCAGAAACUGGAAUCUGUUCUUCCUCCAGAGCGUUUACUAGUUCAGAGCGAAGCAGAAUGAUGGCAUGGGUCUCCCUCAUCUGCUGACAUUGGGAGGCCAACACCACCAAUCACAGGAAAAGUAAUGGAUGAGCCUUCAAAAGGGCAAAGCUUGUUUCAAAUGAGAUGAUCCAUAUUAUUAAAGAGUUUUAAACAGUAUUAAAUAUCAGCUGAUUUUGUGUUUAAUUGUAAUACCCUAUUGUUUAGACCUUUGGGAAUAUGAAAAUCUUAUUCCCAUGUCUUAAUUUGGGGAUAAAUCUGAGAAUCUUUGUUAUGUAUACUUAUCCCAUUGAUUGCUGAGUUUUAAUUUUGGUGCUUGCUGGUGAAAGAGUAUGAAAAUUAAUACUGGAUGAAAGUAAUUGAGUAAUGUCAUUUACUCUUAAGAUGAAACAUGUAGUGAUGGGAAUUAUGUCAUGAUUGACAGUAUUUACAAUACACUGACCACCAGUUAGGAAGAACAGUAAACUGUGAUGUAAAAAUAAAAUACUGAUUUGCUCA